CGAUCUGAUAAGAAUUUUUUUUAGUUUAAUUUUUCUUUCAUUACGGUCUCAUCUAAAACCCUGAACCCUCAAGUCGAUACGAGACAUUCUUGAAAGUUGAAAUCAUGACGAGUCUUCAUCUUCUUCGCCCGGAUUGUCUUUCUUCACUUCACCAAAAUGCGAAGAAAUGUAAUACCUUUGUGGAAACUCACAGCAUCAAAUAUGGAAAAUGAUCGAGACCAACUUCAAAUCUCGAUGAUGCAAAAUUAUUUCGUCUCGCAUUGUUUAUCAAGAACAAUGCCAUUUCUGACCGUUGGAGUAGCUGCUGCUGCAUACAGGAAAUUCAGCUCCAAGAGUUCUGGAAAACCACGGAAGUGGAUUUACAGUGAGUUGAAGAAGAAGGACAAAGCGCAAGAGAGAAAGCCACGUAAGCCUAAAAUCGAAUGGACGGAUGAGCAGAAGAGUAUGUUGGCUGCAAUUUCUCGGGGCAAUUCAGUGUUCAUCACGGGCUCGGCUGGCACUGGAAAAACCCUAUUUCUUCAAGAGGCAAUCAAAAGAUUGAGGACUUUAUAUAAACCAUCUGGAGUUUCUAUUACGGCUUCAACUGGGAUUGCAGCCUGUGCUAUCAAAGGCCAAACUCUGCACUCCUUUGCUGGUAUUAGUAUCACAGCUGAUAAGCGUGAAGUUAUGUUAGAUAGGAUUAUCCAGAACAAGCGGGCCUGGAAGAGGUGGCGUAAUGUUCAAGCAUUAGUUAUAGAUGAAAUCAGCAUGAUAGAUGCAGAUCUGUUUGAUAGUCUUGAGUACAUUGUUAGAGAGGUGAAAGAAGUGGAGAGUGUUUGGGGGGGAAUUCAGCUGGUAGUGAGUGGAGAUUUCUUUCAGUUGCCGCCCAUUCCUAAUAAGAAUUCUUCCGGGGGAAGGGUGAAAUUUGCUUUUGAAGCCGAUAGUUGGAAAAGGAGCUUUGAUAUACAGAUGGAAUUCACUAAGAUCUUCAGGCAGUCUGACAUGUUGCUCAUCAAGCUGCUUCAGGGUGUAAGGACAGGAGAGAUUGAACCCCAGGACAUGGAAUUCCUUGAACAGUCUUGUAUCCCAGAAUCCGAGUGUGAUCCCUCUGUAAUACAACUUUUUCCAUUGAGCAAAGAUGUGGAGAAAGUGAACCAAGAAAGGCUCGACAGUCUACAAAAGGAGGUUGUUGUUUAUAAUGCAAUUGAUCAUGGCGGUCAGCCAUGGAGGAGGCAGCUCAGUCUAGGAAUGGCCCCCGAUUCGAUCUCCAUUUGUGAAGGUGCACGAGUUAUGCUGGUAAAGAAUUUGAACACCUGGAGAGGGUUGGUGAAUGGUGCAGCUGGAGAAGUUGUGGGGUUUGUCAGGGCAAAGAAUUAUGAUGAGGUAUGCCCUCAUAUGCUGCUGCCAUUUGUCAAAUUCGACUCUGGAGAAACUAUGGUUGUAGAACCGGCAGUUUGGGAAAUAACGCAUGGGGAUGAAGUUGUUGCUUGGAGGAAGCAGAUUCCUCUUAUAUUGGCAUGGGCUUUGAGCAUUCACAAGUGUCAAGGAAUGACUUUAGAUAGAGUUCAUACUAACUUGUCAAAAGCUUUUGGUUGUGGGAUGGUGUACGUAGCUCUUUCUCGUGUUAGAAGCUUGAAGGGUCUUCAUCUUUCUGGUUUCACCCGCUCCAAGAUUCAAGCAGACCCCAAGGUGUCACAGUUCUAUAAAAGUUUUGCUCUUCUACGCUUUAAUGAGGAUGGGGGUGUGCUAGCGAGAGAUGAUCAAAGCUCAGACCCUGGACGAAAGCAUUAGGCCCGUUUCUGUGCCUAAAUUUGCACAGGUAACAAAUUCAAGAAGUAAACUCGUCCUAUUGAAUCCUUAAAUUCUCAAACACAUACUUUCUUCUGAGUUAAAGUUUUUUUGUUUUCAAAAACGGCCAGUUAAACUGAAAUUCGUUGACAUUUUUUUGUGCCCACGAAAUUCGUUGUUAUGACUGUUCAUGAAA